UCUAGAAUUUUCAAAUUCAAACCCGGUGAUAAUCAGGGUCGGCCAAGAGGGUGUGUUGGUCCGCCCUCUGGCAUAGGGCCUCCGAAUAUUAGGGGCGUUCACUUAGAUCCGUUAGUUACCGAUCAUAUAUUGUAGGUUGUAUUUUUGGUGUAUGCUUAAUAGAUAAUUUUAGCUAUAAUAACAAUUGAAAAUGAUCUCAUGGAAAUACAAAAAUCAGAGAAAUAAUAGAUAAUUUUAUUUUAAACAACAUAGAAAGAUAUUACAUUUUGAAUAAUGGUAUUAUAAUCAUUUUAGUUUUAUUAUAGUUAAAAGUCAAUUUGGACCACGUCUCGAUUUUAAACAGGGCCUCCACAAUCCAUUAGACUGCCUCGCAUCCACCUCUCGAUCAAUUAGACUAUUUUCAUUUCUCCAUUCUAUUUUUGCGCUAUAUCCAUUUUCUCUUCCCUCCAUAUUUACUUUCCUCCCUACUAGGACUCGGAAUUGGGUCUUGGUUUCUUGGUCAAACUGAAAACGGAUCGUUUAUUCUUUUUGUAAUCAUUUUCUGAACUUAUGUAUUUUUUAUAAUUUUUAUUUGUAAUAAAUUUAUGAAGAAAAAAAUUUACGACCACAUUUUAAAUUUUUGAAUAGGACCUCCGAAUAUCAUGGUACAACCCUUGUGAUAAUUCACCCUUUGUUCGCUCAAAGGGAUUGUCAAGUUGGGGCAAAAAUUAAAACCUAGGUUUGGACUGAAGGUAUACAAGAGUUGUAGUUGUGAAGUGGUUUAGUUGCCCAUGAUUAUCUCUAAGUAGAGGUGGCAAAUGGAUUGAAUUGAUGGAUUGGAUUGGUGGAUCCAUGGAUCAAAUGGAUUGGAUCAAGUGGAUUGGUGGAUUAUCCAUGAAUCCAAAUGACAUCCUCAACCAAGGACCAAUAUGUAAAAUGUAAAAAGUUUAGGUACUAAAAUGUCAUAAUGUAAAAUUUUAGGUACCAAAAUAUAAUUUUCCAAUGAUAUUUUUCGUAUAAAAAAUUAAAUUUUAGGUACCAAAAUGUAAAAAAUAAAAAUUAUAGGUACUAAACCGUAAUUUGCCAAUAAUCCAUGGAUCCAAUCAUGAAUCCACCAAUCCAAUUGGAUUUGGAUAAAAUGGAUUGGAUUUAAAUGGAUUGGAUUAGGUGGAUAUUUUUAAUGGAUUGAUGGAUUGGAUUGAAAUUGCCACUUCUAUCUCUAAGUAUGUUGGUUAAAACCACAUUGUAAAAUUAUUGACGGUGAUUCCCAAACAAAUAUUAUGAUAAUAUAGAAAAUUUUACAAUUGAAUAUACCAUUAUCAUUGUAAAUAAUGAUUUUUUGAGUUAUGAAUUUCGUACUCCUAUAUCUUUUCGUUGUAAUGAAUUACCUAUAAUUAAGAAGAACUUUGCAUGUAAUUUUUAUAAUUGAGUUUCAAUAUUUUGGUUCAAGGUUGAUGAUGGUUCGUGUUAUUUUUAUAAAAUAUAAUAACCUAUUUUUGAAAAAGGAUAAAUAAGGAAUUUUUUUAAUUUUAAUGGCCAUUAAAAUAUAAUUAAAAAAUAUAAAAUUUCCAAAUUUCAACAUAAAAAUAAAUAGCCGUUAAAUAUUAUCCAGUUGGCAUUUGGCCACUUGGCUAGAGACGUUACACUCCUUCGCCAACCCCAACUAUAAUAUCACAACCAACCAACCCUUCUCUUCUCUCAUUUUCCUUCCCCUUCCUUUCCUUUCCUUUCCUUUCUACAGCCAGCUUCUCCAUUAUUCACUUCCCUUUCCCCAUUUCUCUUCCCACAUCCCUCCUUCUCGGCUUCCCAAAGUUCUAAUCCAUGGCAGAAGAAGAAGCUAAGAAGGCCGAGCCCGAAUGCCCUGCUCCUCCAGCCGCCGAUCCUCCGGCGGCUGCUGCUGCUCCUGCCGACGAACCUCCAAAGGAUGUCGCCGAGGAGAAAUCCGUAAUUCCGGCCACUCCUCCACUGGAAGAAAAACCUGACGACUCCAAGGCCAUCGUCCCCGUCGAAAAGGUUGCAGAAGCUGCAGUGGAGGAGGCAAAGCCUGCUGAGGGUUCUAUCAAUAGAGAUUUAGUACUCGCCAAAGUCGAAGCAGAGAAGCGGACUUCUCUCAUCAGAGCUUGGGAAGAGGCCGAGAAGAGCAAAGCUGAGAACAAAGCUCAGAAGAAGAUCUCUGCAAUCGAGUCAUGGGAGAACAGCAAGAAAGCGAACAUCGAGGCGGAGCUCAGGAAGCUAGAGGAACAGCUGGAGAAGAAGAAAGCAGAGUACGGCGAGAAGAUGAAGAACAAGAUCGCCGAAAUCCACAAGCAAGCCGAGGAGAAGCGAGCCAUGACCGAAGCCAAACGAGGCGAAGAUCUGCUGAAAGCAGAGGAAGUUGCUGCAAAGUAUCGCGCCACAGGCACUACACCAAAGAACCCACUUGGCUGCGGCUGUUUCUAAACCCAAAACAAAAAGAUUCUUCCUCAUUUUCUUUAGUACUCUGUUUUUUUUUUUUUUUUGUUGUAUAUCCCUUUUGCUUCAUGUUUCACCAAAUUACAUUUCCUUACUCUGAAAUACCUUUAUUAGUUUGCUCUGUAUGUAUGGGAUUUUGGGUUUUCUUACCGUUUCAUAGAAUUGUAGGCAGCAAGAUUGAGUUUACAGUUUGUGAUUUGCAGUGUGUGUGUGUGAUUGAUUGUUGAUGUAUUAUUUGGCAUGAUUGUAGUUUUGUGGUGUAUAUAAACAGAGCAUCUAUUCUAUAAGGACCCUGUUUCUUCUAGAUGUUUGUUUGAGAGUGUGGUUUGAUUGGUCUGAGAGUUAUGAAUGAAAGGAUGAGCUGUGAAGGGGAACAUUGGGACAAAAUACAGGUAAGAAAGAUGAACAGCUGCCCUGACAUUCAGAACUUCAAUCAGGAAGGGGACAAAGCUUGUGUUUGGGCCCAAAGUUGGGACAAGAUUGUCUUGUAAUAAGUCAUAACUCAUAGGUCAUAGCAGACACUUCACCCACAAUGUGGACGUUUAAGGCUGAGAGAAUGUGGAGUAGGAGAUGGUAGAACUCAAAUUCAUGAGCUUGCUUGAGUGAACCUGUUGCUUCAAUCAAUUUCAUUGUUCUCUAAUGACGUUUUCCCAGUGAUGGAAGAUCAGCCUUUCAUUCUGAUCGAGCUGAUCAUCUGAAAUUUGGCUAGAUCCACUCUUUGAUACAUUGCUUUCAUGUUCUCCGGUGUUAUUUAUUUAUUAUGGACAAUUUUUUUUUGACAAAUGGGAAUCUUUAUUGGUUCCAACUAAGAGGAAACCCCAAGGAACACGAUUACAAACAAACUAUGUUAAGCAAAAACAGCAACCAAGAGCGGAACAUAGCUUGAAAGCAGCCACCCAGUAGAGCAAAACCCUUGAAGUGAAACAGAUCACUGGAAUCUCUCUUGCACCCAACCAAUUAGAGUACAACAAGAUCGAAGUCAGCUUGUCUGAUCAUAUCGAAAUCCAUGGGUAGGUGGUCAUCAUCAAACCAUUUACCGCCAUAAUUCAAAGGCAUCCAUCAUUGUGAAUCCUAAAAAUAAGAUUGCAUGGCGGUGGAGAGGGAUAUGAAACGAAUGCUCCAAACUGAAAACGCAGAGAAAGUCGAGGGAGAGAGAUCAAAUUCCCAGCAGAGCAGAAGAUCCCACCGGUAAGGGUGAACAAACACGCCCGCAAACCGACCCACCCGUCCAAUCCGACCCAACCCACCCGUAUUUAUCGCUAAAACGAAGGUAUUGGUUUGGUUGAGGGUUUUCUUUUGUACAACCCUCUUCUUUUGGGUUGGGUUUGGAUUUUGGAUUACACAACCCGUAGAACCCGACCCAACCCAUGUUCCAACAAUUGGUAUGAGUUCGUAUCCAAAAAAUAUUUAUGUAGUAUAUAACCCGUAGCAUAAUUACAUAUUUUGAGUUGGGUUGGGUUUUUACUUAAAAAUAUUGCCAACCCGACCCAACCCAAUUAGAAACAAACCAUAGGGUUUAAUUUUUUUUGGGUGGGUUUGAGUUUAAUAUUUCCCAAACCGUAGUGCAUGGGUCGGGUGAUUAAGAUGGCUAAACCCGGACCACCCGACCCAUGUACACCCCUACCCACGGGAGUCACACAUCUCCACGGAGAACACUGAUUUCCAACCACAACCACCGGGGAAGACCCAACCCUCCACGCUUCGACAGAUCACCAAGCAACACUAACUCACAGGGGAGGUUGGAGGGGAAGAGACGAUAAUGGCUUCACCAAAUGAUGAGACCACCAACCUGAGAAAAAGCACCCUCGUCCAGAUCUGGAAGAUGCGCCCAAGCUGCUAACUCCGGAUCCUACAUUGAGCAAGCCUAGGACAGAACCCAAGACCAGAAAGAAGAGCAGUAGCUCGACUGGAAAGGGGGAAAUCAGAAGGCCUCAAUGGCAAGGAAAAACUAAACUUAAAUCCGAUUG